GCUGGUUAGUAAGAGAAGAGCAGUGUUUGAGACAGGACUGUGGUGUACACAAUGACGACAAAACUUUUAGUGAUCGUAACUUUCUUGGUCAGUUCAGUGCGUUCGCAGCGAGUAUGUGAUCCCAUCAUCUUCCCAAAUCACAAACACACCAGUUCUAUUCUUCGUCAUUCAAAUGGGGAACUCCAAUUUUGCCCUGAGAAACAAUCUCAAGGCGCCACUGCUGGAUACUCUUUGCUAGAGACUUCGGGAAAACCGCAAGAUAGAGCGGCAAAUGUUUUAAUCGGCGAACUAACAGCUAGGGGGCGAGUAAUUACGAUCAAAUGGAGAUGUGGAGGAUCUCUCAUUGCUCCACAAUUUGUACUGACAUCUGCUCAUUGCAUGAAUAGCGCAGAUAUAGCCACGUUUAUUCGUAUCACAAGCAAAGAUGUAGAAGGACAGGCACCACUAGAGACAGAUUCUACAAUAAAUCACAUAUAUAUCCAUCCUGAAUAUGAAAAAUCGCAGCUAUACUUUGAUAUUGCCAUAAUUCGAAUGAACGAACCAGUGUGGGGCUUUCUAACAGCAAUCCUACCCACUAAUAAUACUUUUCUCCAAAAUACUGAUAUCCGUUUGUCAGGAUGGACAAAAUCUUCGCAAAAUUUUGGAGAUCUCAACUUAAUCACAGAUACUGUUAGCAUAGUCUUACAUAGAAGAUGUUCAACUUUCUACAAUCUUCCUCAAUUGCCAAAAGAAAUAAAAAUGGAUCAAGUUUGUGGAAGAAUACCUACCAAUAGUUCCAUAAAACCAUGUUCUGGGACCAUUUUAGGAAUCUUAGAGUCAGAGUCGACAAGUGUCGUCGUUGGAAUUCCUUCCUUUACAUUUGGAUGCAACAAUGAACGCCCACUCGUUUUCACAAACAUCGUAUUUUUCUCACCAUGGGUCAGGACGAUAAUUGAGUAUACACUGGAACACUGUGGAUAUCCCCAGAGAAGAUAAAUCUUUGUCAAGUGACUCACUUGAUGAUGUUUUUAUAUAUUCCCCAACGAGUAAAAUAACCAAUUCGCACAUAUUAAAGUGUAAGGGCUUAACUUGAAUAUUAGAGAUUAUGAGACUUUUAUAACUGAAUAAAAUUUUUCAUAAUGAUUUUUUAAUGGA